UAUGAGAAUUGAUGAUGAUGAUGAUGAUAAAUCAUUUCCAAAUGUUAUAAAAUCGUUUAUAAAUGAUAUUAGUAUUAAUGAAUUAUGUUCAAUUUAUAAUAAAUGUGAAAAUAUGUCAAUUGAUGAAUUUAAGAUGGAAAUUGAGAAAAUUGUUGAAAGGUUAUUUGAGUUUAAAACUGAAUCAAGUAUAUUUGGUAUGAAUAAGAAAUUGGAUACUGAAGAAUAUGUUAAAAAGUGUAACUAUUGCAAUCAAUCUAUUACUUUCUUCGAUUCGGUUCAAAUGGAAUUUGAACAUUAUUCCUGCCUGAAAUGUUGGAGAAAACUUAUAUCGAAAGGUAAAGGUCGAAGAGGUCGAACAACUUUAUCAUGUUUCGUUUGCUAUAAGAAAGGUCAAUCUUCUAAACUAAUUGAAUUGUUUACUCAACAUUUUUCAUGUCAAAAUUGCCUAAAAUAUUUAGCAUCCUAUAAAUAUUUUCCAUGUUAUUGUUGCGGAAUACCAAAUUAUAUAAUAAGAUUUCAAGAUGGAAAUGAACAAAUCAGAACUUUUUAUAGUUUAUUUCUUAAAUUUAAAAUAGAUAUUUUACCAGAACAAUUAAUGAAAUCAAUUAUAUUUGAUUUUACUGAAAAAGAAUUACAAUCACUUUCUAACAAUCCAAACCAAGAAUCUACUGAAAAAUUUAAAAAACAAAUUUGGAGAAAUGUUAAAAUGGAACUUUUAUGGGAAGUUCCUUAUUACAGUGACCAAGAUUUUAUAUCUAUUCAAGCAUUAUUUCAAGAAUUAAAAAUGGAUAUUUUACCUGAAAAUGAAAUGAAAACAUUGGCUACUCUAUUCUCCAAACUAUUUUGGAAACUUAUAAAUGAUGAUUUAACAAGAGACCUUACUAUUCCAAUUUUUAAACGGGUUGUACAAGAAAAUUCUUCUCAUACUCGCCAAUAA